CCCCUUCAUUUUGUGCGUUCAAAGUACCCUCUUCAAACCCUCGAAAAAAAAACGCAGCCAGACGCCUUGAAAAACAAACGCAGAGCCGCAGAUUUCGAAGCAGAACGCCGCAGAGCCGGACGAAGCGGAACAACAACAGAUCCGCGGCCCCUCCUCCGUCAGCUGCGUCCACCGCCUGUUCCACCUGCCAGCCUCCUCCUCCGCCCUCUCAGCAGCGCACGGAACAGCCACGCCACAGGCCGCCGCAGUUCGUACUCCGACACUCCGCCGCCCCUCCCACUACAAUGUUGUAAAAAAGCCUCCUCCGCCAUAUUUGCUUAAUAGAGGAGGGGCAUUUGGUGCAAAUAGAGGAUUGAGGCCAGUGCCACCAGAAAAGGGAGUUUUUCCUUUAGACCACUCACAUUUAUGCGACUCGAUGAGUCGAAGCUGGAUGUAUGAUAAACGGAACACAUUGGAAUUUAUGAAUGGGGUGUUGAGUUCUGUAAACGUUGUUUAGAAUAUAGAGCAUUGACCGGUUGUGAUGAGUUAUAUUGUCCUUGUAUGGAUUGUGCCAACGUAAAUUCAUUCCGGUCAAUAGAGACUAUCAGAGAACAUUUAAUUCGACGUGGAUUUAGACAACAAUACUAUGUAUGGAUAUGGCAUGGUGAGAAAGGAGUAUAUAUAGAAGAUACAACAGAUGCAAAUGAUAUGACACGUUCUGAGGCUGAGGGUGUGAAUAAUGAAGACAAUGAAGGUGAAGGUGAAGGUGAAGGUGAAGGUGACGGUGAAGGUGAAGGUGAAAGUGAAGGUGAAGAAGAAGAAGAUGAUGAUGAUGAUCUGAGUGACGAAGUAGAUCCUAUGGAUGAGAUGAUGGGUGGAGCCAAAGACUUUUGUAGUGGACGACCACGUAUUUUUGAAAGUUUGUCACAAGCAGCAGAAAAACCAUUAUAUCCUGGGUGUACAAAAUACACAAAGCUUUCUGCCGUGAUAACACUUUAUAAUGUGAAAGCCAAGAAAAAUUGGGGCGACGCAAGUUUCACAUCCUUGUUGGAAGUAUUACAUGACAUGCUACCUGACGGAAAUGAAAUGCCAAAGUCAAAUUAUAAUGCGAAGAAGCUCAUGUGCCCUUUGGGUUUAGAGUACCAAAAGAUUGACGCAUGUCGGAAUGUUUGAAUACAAAUGCGCAACUUAUUAUGCGAAGCUCAUCCAUUAUUCAAGUAUUUAUCAAAGCAUUACCGAGAGUUUGAAUACAAAUGCGCAACUUGGAUGGAUGUGUCCAGAUGCAAUUUGUGCAACUUCAUGUGACCAUAACCCAGAAGAUGUGAUAGAGUACAUACGCUGAGCCAUCAUUGAAUCUCGCAAUUCUGGCGUAGAUAUUAUUCUUGCUCCUUACUACGAAAAUGUGCGAAACAAACAGGUGGAUUGAAGUGUGGAUACUAUGUCAUGCGAUUCAUGUGUACAAGAACACUUCAAAGAUGAGCCAUUGUCAAUUGAUGAAAUCGGUGAAGUUCGAGACGUAUGGAUCAUCUAUGUUUGUGAUAACAUUUUGUAAACUUUAUACUAGCUAAACAUGUAAUCCAAGUAUUUUUUUAAUUAAACAUUUUAUUGUAUUGGAUGUGUUUGGUGAUUUUUAUUCUCAACAAGUAUCAUUAUUGGCACUUCGUUAAAUGAUAUGAAAGAUUUGUGAAUGUGAUAUGUACAGGGUCUGUUUUGGGACUAUAAUGGAUAUUGAUUGUGCA